AAAGGCGGAAAUUGCAGCAGAAGCGGCGGCCGGAGCAGACGCUGCAUCAGGAAGGGGAGCCGCCUGGGGAGCCGGGAAGCGGGCUGGGAGGGAACAAAAUGUGGAAAGCAACUGCAGGCCACACCCUCUCUGUCAGCCAGGAUGAUGGUGCUGAUGACUGGGAGACAGAUCCUGACUUUGUGAAUGAUGUCAGUGAAAAAGAACAGCGUUGGGGUGCUAAAACGGUGCAAGGAUCUGGUCAUCAAGAACACAUCAACAUUCAUCAGUUGAGAGAGAAUGUGUUCCAAGAGCACCAGUCCCUCAAGGAAAAAGAGCUUCAGACGGGACCAAAAGCUUCCCAUGGCUAUGGUGGGAAGUUUGGUGUGGAACAAGACCGAAUGGACAAGUCAGCUGUUGGUCAUGAAUAUCAGUCUAAGCUUUCUAAGCACUGUUCCCAAGUGGACUCGGUUAAAGGUUUUGGCGGGAAGUUUGGUGUGCAAGUUGAUAGAGUUGACCAGUCUGCUGUAGGGUUUGAAUACCAGGGGAAAACUGAGAAACAUGCUUCUCAGAAAGACUAUGCAAGUGGAUUUGGUGGUAAAUAUGGAGUGCAGGCUGACAGGGUAGACAAGAGUGCAGUGGGAUUUGAUUACCAAGGAAAAACUGAGAAGCAUGAAUCACAGAAAGAUUAUUCCAAAGGUUUUGGUGGUAAAUAUGGUGUUGACAAGGACAAAGUGGACAAAAGUGCUGUUGGCUUUGAGUACCAAGGCAAAACUGAAAAACAUGAAUCGCAGAAAGACUACACGAGAGGUUUUGGUGGAAAGUUUGGGGUACAGACAGACAGACAAGACAAGUGUGCACUCGGCUGGGACCAUCAGGAGAAAGUACAGCUGCACGAAUCUCAGAAAGACUAUUCUAAAGGAUUUGGUGGAAAGUAUGGUGUGCAGAAAGAUCGAAUGGACAAGAACGCAUCAUCUUUUGAAGAUAUUGAGAAACUGUCAUCAACUUAUCAGAAGACCAAGCCGGUAGAAGCUGUGAAUUCUAAAACAAGCAACAUCAGAGCUAACUUUGAAAAUCUAGCUAAAGAAAAGGAACAGGAAGAUCGAAAGAAGGCAGAACUUGAAAGAGCUCAAAGAAUGGCCCGAGAGAAAGAAGAACAAGAAGAAGCUAGGAAGAAGCUAGAAGAAGAAGCCAAAGCCAAGAAACAAACUCCUCCUCCAUCUCCCACCCCACAGCCAGUGGAAGAGAAACUGCCUUCAAGUCCAGUCUAUGAGGAUGCGACUUCCUUUGAGCCCAGCUACAAGAACUCAGAUAUGAACUAUUCUGCAGUGCAUGAGCCGGAAAGCAACGGGAAAGCUGAAGAGCCUGACUACCAAGAAGCAAUCAGUCAGCGGGAACCAGAGUAUGAAUCGGAGACAGUUUAUGAAGUGGCUGGGGCACAAAAUCAGUAUCCAGCAGAUGAAAAUACUUACGAGUAUGAAAAUGACCUUGGAAUCACAGCUAUAGCUCUCUAUGAUUAUCAAGCUGCUGGUGAUGACGAGAUUUCCUUUGAUCCUGAUGACAUUAUCACAAACAUUGAAAUGAUUGAUGAUGGCUGGUGGAGAGGAGUAUGCAAAGGCAGAUACGGGCUGUUCCCGGCAAAUUACGUUGAGCUGAGGCAAUAGGAAAUCAUGUCUACCAUUUAUGCCUUAAUGCUGUGAUCAUUCAUCUGAUUUUUACACUACAAAUCAUGUCGCAUUGUGGGGAAGGGGAAAAGAUGGAGGGGUCUAUACAUAUUCUUUUUAUAUUUAAAAUACUUCGCUGAUGCUUUUACAAAUGUUUACGGCUCAGAAAUCGCUAAUAUAUUGUAACUUUUAAGUUCCCCACCACAGUAUGUUAUCAUAGGUUUUUAAUGUGUUCUGAAGUGGGGCUUUUUCCUUCUUCUUUGCCAAAUCAGUGAUGGUCACAAUUCCCCCCCCCCCCAAGGAGUUUCAGCUUUUCCUGACAGUAAUGCAUGUUUCAUUUGUAUCUGUCUGUGUACUGAAUUACAAAGUAAUUAUGUCCAACUGCUCAUGUACUGAACAUCGUUAGCGUUCCAGACCUUGGCUGUGCAAGUUAGUCACGUUUCCAUAUCAGGAACAACAUCGGGAUAGAGAAGAUAGGAAGAGGACUUGAAAAUCACAACAGUGGCGAUUAUUCAAAAGGAAAACUUCUGUUUUUAUGUUAAGGAUCUAGUGAAAAGAUCCCUAUUUUCUUGAGAACCCAAGUGCACAGUCUAGUAAGAAGCUUUCUUGUUGCAGCUCACCCUUCACGUCAAUGGUCCUUGUGCGGGAGAGCUUCAGGCAGGUGAUGCUGUAAAAAUGUACUACCUUUGUUUUCCUCUGCAGGAGACUCCCAGCCUCUUAACGUACAGUUUCCAGUUUGUGUCGCACUUUCUCCCUUGUGCCCAGAACAACGUUUUAAGGCUUUCAUGUUAACUUUUAAGCAGAUCUCUUCUUUUGGUGAUACCUGGGGAGGUGGAUGGUCUUUUCAGAGAGCUUCUUGCUGCAUUUGGGCCUGUAUUGCUGCUUGCAGAUAAUUGCUGCAGACAAUGGGUGGACACACUUCAUUGUAGCUGCAGGUACUGAUUUGUAUGACCUGGGCUGGGGGUCAGAAGGCCUCCUGUGCACUCAGUCUCUUAGGCAACUGUGUGUCAUUCAAGCCGUGUUAGUAUGCAAAUAGCUUGAAACCUUGGAAGUAAUCUGUAUUUCUGAGCUUUGUAUGGAAAUCUACCAUGUUUUGUAUGUUCAGCUGAAACUGCCAGUAAUUGACUAAACAGUCAUAGUGUGUCUGCCUUUUGCCAAACAUUAAGCUGAAAUUCUUGCCACUAUUUCAAUGGACUAAGUUAAAAUUUGGUAAAUGUACGUCUUUUUAACCACGUAAGCAUCCCUACCAAAGACAGUACAUACAUACAUAUGCUCAGUGUGUGUCCUGGCCUUUUUAUUUGAAAUGAGAAAUUCAGGGAGGAACUGACCAAGCAAAAAACAAACAAAAAACCACAAUAAGGCCCAAUAGAUAUAGAAAAUAUUUGUAUAAAAUGGCAGUGUACAGUGUAACUAGAAGUAAGGCUCCUGGGGAGUGGAAAGGGAUUGAUUGAUUGUUGGAGGGCGGGGAUUGGUGGGUUGGGACAAUCUUUAAUAUGAAUGUCAUCUUUACCUUAUCUUUAUUUCUCCCAGAGGCUGCCUUCUGUCUCUCACUUUCAUAGAUACCAUUACAUUGGGUUUUGCUGGGUUUUAUAUGCAGUUUUAUCCAGUCUUGCAUAGGACAUCUCAUAGGAUACAUGAUUCCCUUUUUUUUGUAAAUUAAGUAUUCAAAUAAACUUUUGGAACCAUU